AUGCCUCUUACUGCAACUGAUUGCCCCAAAGUUUGCUGUUCAGUUAUUAUACCACCAAUUGGUGUGUUUGCCGAGAAGGGUUGCAGUAUUCAUCUCCUUAUCAAUAUUAUCUUAACAUUACUCGGUUAUAUUCCUGGCCUUAUUCAUGCUUGCUACAUUAUUGUGAAAUACUAA